CCGCCGCCGGAGCCGGCCUUGCUCUCGCCGCCGCCCCCCCCUCCGCCGCCCCCGGCGACCCCGGCGGCCGCGCUGGACCUGGGCGACCAGAGGGAGCGCUGGGAGACGUUCCAGAAGCGGCAGCGCCUCACCUGUGAGGGCGCCGCCAAGCUGCUGCUGGACACCUUUGAGUACCAGGGCCUGGUGAAGCACGCCGGCGGUUGCCACUGUGGAGCAGUGCGCUUUGAGGUCUGGGCCUCGGCCGACCUGCACAUCUUUGACUGCAACUGCAGCAUUUGCAAGAAGAAGCAGAAUAGACAUUUCAUUGUCCCAGCUUCUCGCUUCAAGCUCCUGAAGGGAACCGAGAGCAUGACCACAUACACGUUCAAUACGCACAAAGCCCAGCACACCUUCUGUAAGAGAUGCGGUGUCCAGAGUUUCUACACUCCCCGCUCCAACCCUGGAGGCUAUGGAAUCGCUCCACAUUGCCUGGACGAGGGCACUGUGCGGAGCAUGGUCAUCGAGGAGUUCAAUGGCAGUGACUGGGAGAAAGCCGUGAAGGAGCACAAAACCAUCAAGAACAUGUCUAAAGAGUGAACAGCUUUCUGAGUCUCACUUCCCGAAAAGGAGGAGUGCUUGGGGCUGGCAACUCCGCCGCCCUGCUGCACUGCAGAGGUGCUCGUGAAAGUGGCUGACCGAGACUGGCUCCAUCUCUGCCGUUUGCUCUGACUCCCAGUUCCUUUAGGCAGCUCUGUCCUUCCUUCGCCCAAAUUUUGAUGUAGCCUAGUUGACACCCUCUGUCUCUUCUCAACUUUUGUGUGAUCUUUUAGAAAUAAAUAUUUUUAACAUUAAA